UGUUGUUCAGUAAAGUAUUAGUGUUAGAGUGAAUUACUCAGUUGCUAAUGCUAGCUAGUUAAUGCCACUUACUUUUCAGCCAAUUAAGGUCAGAUCCCAGGAGAGGCAGGAGAACGUUCCCACUGCUUUGUAAUGCAUCUGUUUAAGUUAAACUCUACAGCUGUUCACCAUUUCUGCAGUGCUGAGCAGUUUUUGGAAGUAAAAGGUUGAGCUUUGAUUCUUUUCUGCUAUGUAGAAGAGUCGAACUCAUCGGUUAUCAAUGAGCUGCAGUCUUGUUCAGUUAUUCUCAUCCGCAUGUCCUGUAAUAAAAUCCUCUCAUCCUGGGCACGCCUUAUUGUUGAGCUAAUAUUUGAUAAAUGGACGGUAAAUGCAUCAGAACUCUGUUCCAUCAAUGUCUUUCAUAAUUGUUGUUGUCCCAUCAGGCAGCCAGCCAAUCCCAGAGCUCGACAGCAUCCUCAGGCUGAAGCUUCCCCUCAGGAACCUGAGGAACCUGAAGAGAUCCUUGGCUCUGAUGAUGAAGAGCAGGAGGACCCCAAUGACUACUGCAAAGGUGGCUACCACCAUGUGAAAGUAGGAGACCUUUAUAAUGGAAAAUACCAUGUAAUUCGGAAGCUCGGCUGGGGACACUUCUCCACCGUGUGGCUCGCCUGGGAUAUUCAGGUAAAGAGGUUUGUUGCAAUGAAGGUGGUGAAGAGCGCGGAGCACUACACAGAAACAGCACUGGAUGAGAUAAAACUGCUCAGAUCUGUAAGAAACUCUGACACGAAUGAUCCCAACCGAGAGAUGGUAGUCCAGCUUCUAGAUGACUUCAAGAUCUCUGGCGUCAAUGGAACUCACGUCUGCAUGGUGUUUGAGGUGUUAGGACAUCACUUAUUGAAAUGGAUAAUAAAAUCAAACUACCAAGGACUGCCCCUGGCUUGUGUGAAGAGCAUCAUACGACAGGUUCUCCAAGGUCUGGACUACCUGCACACAAAGUGUCAUAUUAUCCACACGGACAUCAAGCCGGAGAACAUCCUGAUGAGCGUAGAUGAGCCUUACGUACGGAGGCUUGCAGCUGAGGCCACAGAGUGGCAGAAGGCUGGGGCGCCUCCUCCCUCUGGUUCAGCGAUAAGCACAGCGCCAGUUCCAAAACAGACAGUAAAAAUGUCCAAGAACAAGAAGAAGAAGUUAAAAAAGAAGCAGAAGCGGCAGGCGGAGCUGUUGGAGAAGUGCAUCUUGGACCUUGAGAAAAUGGAAAAGACCACAGAGAUACGAGAGGAUGAUGAAGAUGAAGACGACCCACAGACUGAAAAGGGACGAGCCUGUGCGCCUCUCAGACAGGUGUCUUUUGCGGAGAUAGGAAACGAGGAAACAGAUGGGAGCACUUUGAAUGCAGAUCACAUGAGGGUGGGACCAGAGGAACUGUCUGAAAUGAACUGUAAUGGCCAUGUGGAGGAGAGUGACUUCCAGCAUAGCGAUGAAGACCAACAUAAUGGCAAUGCAGAGUGCACAGAACAGUGUGCCUCUCCAGAGGAUCAACACGUGGAGUCUCCUCUGCACUCCAUGUACAACGGUGUCGAGUCUACAGAUUUCACUGAGGUGUACACAGAGACUAAAGGAACUGGGGCUCGUAGCCGUGGAGUUACUGAGAAACGCUUUUCUGCCGGGCUGGAGGACGGCGAGCUGGAACAAGGCAUUUUAGAAGAAGAUGAUAAGCUGACAGCAGGAUCCCUGCUAGUUAACCCACUUGAGCCACUCAAUGCAGACAAGAUCAAGGUCAAGAUUGCAGAUUUGGGAAAUGCCUGCUGGGUGCACAAGCACUUUACUGAAGACAUCCAGACACGACAGUACCGGUCUUUAGAAGUACUUAUUGGUUCUGGAUACAGCACACCAGCUGAUAUUUGGAGCACAGCCUGUAUGGCCUUUGAGCUUGCCACAGGGGACUACUUGUUUGAACCACAUUCUGGGGAAGAUUAUUCCAGAGAUGAAGACCAUAUAGCACUGAUCAUUGAGCUGCUGGGGAGUGUCCCACGCAAACUCAUAAUGUCCGGCAAAUAUUCCAAGGAUUUUUUCACCAAGAAAGGUGAUUUGAAACACAUCACUAAGUUGAAGCCGUGGGGACUGCUGGAGGUGCUGAUUGACAAAUACGAGUGGCCCCGUGAAGAAGCAGAGUGCUUCACUGACUUCCUUCUUCCCAUGCUGGAGCUUAUUCCAGAGAAAAGAGCCACGGCCGCAGAGUGCUUGCGCCACCCCUGGCUCGCCCUCUAGUGGACACCUCCAGCUAUCGAACCUCCCUACCCUUCCACUUCCUCCAGAGACUGCAACAGAUCACUUUCCAGUUUGGGCAUAUCAGAUGGAUAUUUAUUUUUCUUUCUUCUUUUUUUGGUUAGAUGUUUUGAAUUUAUGUUCUUGUUUUUGAGCUAAUGCUUCUGUGUACGUUUGCUUUGAAUUAGUUGGUUCUCAGUGUGAUGUCAGGAAUCCAGUGGAUUUUUUUUUUAUUACUUUGUGCUCAUGUUGGCUCCAACUGCUGUGCUCCGUUCACCCUCCUAAGGAAGUCUGUCAUUGUACUGCUAGUGACUCAUCCUUGUUUGUUACACUCCUGCACUAAAACCUGAACAAACCAAGGAUAUGUAGCCUUUAUUGGUCAUUUUUGUUCCCUAAAACUCUUUUCUCCACAUCUUUUCAGUAGUGACUUAAAAAAGAAAAAGAAAAAAAAAAGCAAAUCUCAUUCAACAUUUGAAACACGUUUUGUAUUUGUAAUGAAGGUUUUAGGAAGUUUCACACUGGGCUGACAUGUACACUGACUUUGGGUAACUUUCAUUUCAUGCAUUUCUUCAGGCAGGGUCACUGUUUGAUUAAAGUAGGUUAUGUUUAGCCAUAUCGAUUCCGUUGUCACCUGGUAUUUAGUAUCCUUAGUUAAUUAUAAUAGGGAUCUUUCAUUUUCAUGGGAGGCUGGUAUUCUCAUCCACCUAUUACAAUUCAGGUAUAUAGUAUUUUAAAGGUUUCAACAAGACAACAUGUUAAGAAGCCCAAUCUUAAGGAGAAAAAAAAAGUGAAAAUAAACUGUAUAUAUCUGUACCAAAGAGUUUGCCUUGAUGUAUAUUACAGUUAUGUACAGUUUUUAACAAAUCUUAUAUCUUAGCUAAAAUUGUUUAGCUGGGUAGCUGUGUUUUAAUAAAGCGUAUGGAGGGUGUGUUUGAGAUCAGUUGUAUGUGUGGUCAACUGUUCAAUAAUGUCACUGUUUUUACCAUAGAAAUGGUGAGAUCUGAUAUUAUGUCAUGGUGUCCCAAAAAGAUCAUAAGUAACCUAUGUUAUCUGUCGAAACCUAUGGGGGGAAAAACAAACUUACAUUGGUGUCAGAUUCAAGAACAUAAACUGUGUGUGAGUUGUCGACUUACAAAGCUGUGCAACACACCAUACAAUAAAACAGAUCUUCAUACAAUA